AUGAGAACGAGUGGUUCGGAUGAGUUUGUGCCGGAACUGGUCUUCUCUGAACACAUGUCUCUCAGUAUAUACUCGGAUGAGUUGAGACAAAUCGACGCCUACCUCUUUGGCAAAGAGUUACCAUUUGUUGAAUUCAUCCGCGUUGGCACCGCUAAUUAUGUAGACAGGGAAUGUGUGGUAAAUAGUGAUUCAGAUCUUAUUACCUGUGAUUUAUCCAUUGACUGUAUCGCAGCAAUUGAGACAAUUAAGGGUGAGAUAUAUUUUGUGGUCAAAUGGAUGGACCAAUACUACAGUCUAGAGCCUACAUCUAAUGUAUGCAAUUGUCGGGCAUUACGUAACUUCGCUGCCAAUACGGUUGAGUUGGGAACCGGUGUCUCGACUCAACAAUAUAUCAAAAGGACGGGUGAAAAGAAGAGGUUGUGUGACAUAGGUGUGCCUGGUUAUGGUGGUUAUGGUGGUUAUGGUGGUUAUGGUGGUUAUGGUGGUUAUGGUGGUUAUGGUGGUUAUAGCACCAAAAUAGGAGAUAGAUAUGUGGUCUUCAAAAAUGAAAUUGAUUUCAUGCUAAAAGUGUUCACUGAAUGGAAAGGGUUGGCUACAGGCGCUGACUACGAAGUCAUUGAUGCCAUCAUUGGACACCCAUUUCAGACGACACAAGAAUUAAUGCAAUUCCGAGCGCUGUAUCCGGAAUACAGCAAAGUCUAUGUGACUCACUAUACCGGUGCCGUCAAACGGCUAAACCAAGCCCUCAAGCAAAAGGCCGGUGCCGUCUGUUUGGUUGUGUCUAUGGGCGGGAAACGACAUUCACUCGAUGCGGUGGACGUACACUCCCGGGUGUUUGUCAUCGAAGGGGAGGCGCGGCAUCGAAAUUGUAAUUAUUUUCUCAAACAUCCCGUUCCCGUUGUUUUUAUUUGGAUCCGACGGCUGAAGUGA